AUGUCGGCCUGGUUGCGGGAGUCGUUGAUGGAGGGCAGCGUUCGAGAAGAGAUCUCGGAUGAAGACUGGAGUCCUCCACAAGAUCAGGAUCCGAUCUGUCAGGGAAUGCCCGAUACAUCCACUGAUUCUUCCGUCAUGCAAAGAUCCUUGUGUCCGUGGCAAUGGCGGGUGAACUACGAUGAAGCGCGCGAGCCAAAGAUCAUCUCCGAGGCCCACUGCAUAUGCCGGAGGAGUCGCGGCGGGUCGGUGGCCUUCUGCCUGCCGAUCAAACGCGAAGUGCCGAUUCUGAAGCGGACCAACUGUGAUCCGGCCACCGGCAGAUGGGAAUACGUCCGCUCUACCGUUCCGGUGACAAUCGGUUGUCACUCGGUGCUCCCGCGAUCGGCACGAGCCACCCCGUUGAGUGCCCAUUACCGGACACCGUCAAACCCGAAC